GCCAAAAGACGAGCCAGGGGUAAAGCUGUAAACACAUCUACGGCUGUUUGUUUUAACAAUUGUGCUGAUUUUGUGUACAUAUUUAAAUUUCUGCCGGUUUUUCCGAAAUGGAGUCCCAGUCGUAUCUUCCCGUUCAACCCGGUGUGUGCAUGGAAGAAAACUUCUUUUCCUUGGACGAUAUUUUGCUGUCACACGAGCGACUUCCCAUCCGCACAGAAGUAACUUUUCCUCGGCUUGGAUUUCUCGAGAAGUCGGGUGACUCGCCGGAUAUUUCAAUGGGUACAAAAAUGGAGUUUCCCUUGUGGCUCUCCAAAGGUUUGUAUGAGCAGAACAAAAGGUUGCUGUCAGUCGAGCUACCUAAGGUUUAUAGAGAAGGCUGGAGGACUGUGUUUAAUGCAGACCCCAAUGUGGUGGAUUUGCAUAAACUGGGGCCUUACUAUUAUGGCCUUGGAUCCCAGAUGCUGCACUUUGACAGUCCGGAGAAUCCAGAUAUAGCACAGACGUUGCUGCAGACAUUCAUCAAGCGUUUCCGACGGACUAUGGACUCCUCCCAGAAUGCCUACAAUGAGGAUACUUCAGCGUUAGUGGAGCGUCUGGACUGUCUGGAGAAAGCACUGUUCAUAUCAGGGCAGUGUGGCCUCAAUAGUUUCCAGGGCUGGGAGAAAGGACAGGCCUCCCAGCUCUCUGCCUCAAGUUUGGUGCUCAACUACCGGAAGAGGAAGAUAACAGACGUCCAAUCGUGACCUUGCCGACAACUGGACGAAACCACUGGUGCAAAUGUUGAGAGGAGGAUUGUCUUCUUAUCCUGUUUUCAGCGGGUACUGCGGCUUUCUCCCACAUUUUAAAAGGAAGCAUUUCAGGUUAUUUGAAGACUCUAAAUUGUCAGUAAGUAUGUGUGAAUGGCUUUUAGUCAUAGGCUCCAAACUCACCCGUGCCCCUCAUGAAGAUGAGCGGUAUAAAAAAUGGUGGGAAAGUUCUGCAGAUUUAUGAGAUUUUGUGUCUUGUAACAUGCUUUUGUGAUAUUCUUAAAAUAAAAUUUCGAUAUUAAGUUUAUUUGUUAAAACUUUAGUAUCCACACAAUUUCUUGACGACAAGGACAGCAAUCACAAAUAUGCAGGGGUGAAAGCGGGCCGGAACUGUCCAGAACGCCGUUCAUGUUUAACAUUCGGGGACGGAACGGUGCUUUGAGCCCGAAAAUAUGUCAACUGUCAAACCUCUGUGUUUAAAAAAAAAAAAAAAAAACAGACUGCCAUACACAAAGAAGGAAAACAAUUUACAUACACAAGUGUAUGUAACAACAACAAGCCUAAUAAAGUGCUUGUGACGUGUCAUCCGUUUCCACCGAUUUUUAUUAUUUAUUUAUUCCAUGGAGUUCUCCCCACGUGAGUCUGACUAGAUCAGGGGUCGGCAACCCAAAAUGUUGAAAGAGCCAUCGUAGGCCCAAAAAAAAAAAAAAAAAAAAAAUGUCUGGAGCCACAAAAAAUAAAAGCCUAAUAUAAGCAUUAUAAUCAGGGGUGCACAUAAUUUUUUUGCCCAGGUUCUCAGAGGAGGACCUGGAGAUGUGACUUGGUCCUCAUUGAGUUUGAGAGCCGACCCGCCUGAUGCGAUAAAUUUAUGACAAGCUUUACUUAGAGCCAGUUAACUUUAAUUAAUUAUAUUAACAAUUAAUGCUUGAUUAACAUCAACUGGCACAACAAAAUUGCCAUUACUUUGAAGUGAAAUGUAAAGAAAUAAGAAGCACCAAUUCAAAAUAAAGGGCAUUAUGCGGCUCCCACAUUAACUCCAAGCCUUUUUAAAAGUGGGAUAUCCUCCUCAUAAGACCUCAUUGAACGUGCAUGUUUAGGUUUGUAAAAUGCGAGCAAAAACACGUUUGUCAGUGCAUGUCGCUGUUCAUUACCUUUAUUCCGCCACUUGUCCAUAGGGCGAGUGGGAUCCUGUUUGACAUCGAUAGUUUGCUUAAUUGCCACAUGCUCUCAGUUUUUUUUUUUCGUGCUUUUCAAAGUUUGGAUGGCUGAAAUUCUUUGACCCUACAUAAAAUGCGCUGCUCUUAUCGGCGACAUUGGGAUUCUCACGGCACAUUUUGUACCGCAUUUCCGUGCGAGCAUCAUUUGCUUCUAGCCAUGGUACCUCCUGUAGCCACUUUUCAGCAAAAGUCCUUUUUUCCGGUAGCUCCGGUGACAUCUCUGUCGUCUGUCUGUCUUUUGACGGGGGUGGGGGAACACGGAAGUAAUUUAGUGAUGGCCAAAUGAAGCCUCAUGAAGCAAUGAAGCUUUGCAGCCAAUUGGUUUGCACAUGUAGCAAAGCUUCAUGGUGCUUCAUUUACCCUAUGGCGCCAUCAAGUGGUCUAGAAGCCCAAGAGGUCAACAUUGUUACGAAUUCAAUGGCUAUUUGCUUAAGACAAAGAUAUGAAUGUGCUUGUGUUAGUAAUUUAGUAUGUGAACAAAAUACAAAAAGUGCUAAGGGUAAUUUGUUAUUCAUUUUUAUUUAGAAAUAAUAGCUUUCCCACAGUGGCUGGCUUUAAACAGUUUCUUUUUUUUUUGGGAAAAUAUUUCACCAGCUUUAGAAAAUAUUCUUUCACAAGGCACAGAUGAAGCUGGGGUGCAGAGAAAUGUGAGUGCCAGUUUAUAUAAAUUUGGGUAGGUAUUCUUUUGUGCCUCCCAGUACACUAAUGGAUUGUUCAUUCUGUUGAUGUUUGGUUCAGAUAGGUACACACACACACUCACAUUUAUAUUAAAGUAGUUUUUCUCCCUUACCUUAUUGAAAGCAAUCAAAUCAAAAUGUUCCCAUACAGGGGAGGAUCGCUCUUUUCGCGCAGGUUCCAUCGCAAGCAAAGGACAAGGCUCGAAAAAAGAUUGCACUGGUUGCACUGUUGCGCACAGAUGUAACAAGUACAGGAGCCCGAAAUCCACAAAAUGUGAGAUAACAGGCGAUCGCCAUUGCGUUUUGCAACCAAUUUAUACCGUAGUCUGUCCUGUUUUUGCAAUGUGCGCCAAACGUUGGAUCACUUCCGAAGCACUCACGAGAUUCAGCUGGCCGCCGGCGAGGCUUCCCACGUCAUCAUUUCCGGGUUUUGCCGAAAUGAAGCGCGCCUUGCUACAAGCUUCGUGGAAACCCCCCUCCCAUUACUCGACACAAGCUUCGGAACCUCGGCUCAUUUCGUCCCAUCACUAAAGUAAUUACUCAGUGUGGCCUGCCUCUUCAAAAUUUUGAGAAGUUAUUUUCUCGUGUCCGCCGCAAAUACAGUGGUCAGCCAUCGGUAUGCAAAAGCGUAUGGAAGCCGUUGAGGGCCAGCGCAUUUGUCUACGUCCAGUACGCAUGGGCGCAUGCGGACCACUUAUGUGCACCCCUGAUUAUAAUGAAGGCAACCAAUGUUGUUUGUAUCUAUAUUAGCCUACGAUCAAAAUGACUAAGUUGGCUAUAAAUACAUAAUGAACCUUCAUGAUUAAAUGUUUAUUUUCCUAGCAGUGCAUUCAAUAGAGAAUAAUGCACCACGUGACUACUUGUUGUCCGAUACUGCCUCAAGUUUCACUUCAUUACACAGUUUCACUGAAUUACCGUGUUUAAUUGCUUUGAUAAAAUUAAAGAAAUGUGAUAAAGAAAUCCAAAUCAUGAUGUCAUUUGUAUUUUGAAGAUCCAAAAAAACCAAAAACAAAAUAGAAUGUGCAUAACCUGCCCCUUAUCCGGGCAACAAAUAUAAGGCAACAAAACCCAGUUUGCAUUUAUAAAAAAUAAAACUGCACCCUUUUGAAAAGUUAAAGUAUACAAUCGAAGUUCACAUACCUGCAUAAAAGUGAUGGGUGUUCAAUAUCGAUCACAUCACACAACUCAUCACGUAGUAUGCUGUCGCUGAAUUAAUGUCCUUGAUUUGCUGAUUGGUGAAGUUGCCUGCCAUUUUUAUGGCCCUUUCUUUCACUGGCUUGGUGUGGCAGGCAUGUAUUUGAAUUUCUGUAUUAUUUCGGUUUUGUUUUUGAAGUCUGAAUUAGGUGUUCUGAUAUGUUGAUGAAUGACUACUUCAUUUACCGUAUUUUUUGGACUAUAAGUCGCAGUUUUUUUCAUAGUUUGGCUGUGGGUGCGACUUAAACUCUGAAGCGACUUUUGUGUGAAAUUAUUAACACAUUAUUAUAUCAUUUCACAUGUUAUUUUGGUGUUUUGGAGUGACACUGAUGGUUUGGUAAACUUGUUAGCAUGUUCUUUAUGCUAUAGUUAUCUGAAUAACUCUUAAUAGCUAUGUUACGUUAACAUACCGGCCACUUUUGCAUUUCAUUGUUCAUGUGUCAUGUAACAUUAUCAUACUGUACACUUAUUCAGCGUGUUGUUCUCUAUUUUUAUUUAAAAUUGCCUUUCAAGAUGACGUAUCUGUUCUAUGUGUUGGAUUUUCUCAAGUAAACUUCCCCCAAAAUUGCGACUUAUACUCCGAUGCGACUUAUACAUGUUUUUUUCCUCUUCGUUGGGCAAUUUAUGGCUGGUGUGACUUAUACUCGGGUGCGACUUAUAGUCCAAAAAAUACGGUACCAGUCACCAUCUGUGAACAGUUUUCCACGCUUUUUCUAUCCCGUGUUGCAACAAAACUCGCAGCAGUAGUGGAGUUGGGAGAUGCAAAAAAUCUAUUUUUGCACUCUUAUUUUGUCCAAAAGUAAUGUAAUCGCACUCCUGGCUACCCGGCUGCUAAAGUAGUAUGGCUUCCCUGCGAAUGUCUUUCCACAUUACUCCUUUUGUGAUUUGACAGCUUCUCGCUACAGAGCAAACAUUCAGAAAAUCCUUUAGCAUUCAUGAAUGCAAUUGAUUCGGCCCAAGAAACAUUGAAUCCUCUGUUCUCAGUUUUUUCUUUUUUCUUUUCCUCUUUGGAAUCAAUGUCCCGUCAUAUAUUGUUUACAACAGCCGCCCUGCUCAUAGAAACUUCUGUUGUUGUAUGCAUAUCUUUGUUGACAGAAAUGUUGAAAUGUAAUAAUCAUAGUACACAUUGUUACAGCAUUGGAAAACAUUAAAAUUUGAUUGUGCCAUGUUUGUCCUCCUACAGAAACUAUGUUAAAACAAAAAAUACACUUCCCUCUCUCAUCUUUUUCCAUUUUCAGACAUUUUUGAAACGCUCCAGGGAGCCACUAGGGCAGUGCUACAGAGCUGCAUGCGGCUCUCAAAACACGGUUUGCCGACCCCCGGUCUAGACAGUCGACUCGCAUCAAUGUGCUGUGCCCAUGUGCGCAACAAACCACCCUGCCUUGACUCCAGUUGUCCAUUCAAUUGGCUGAUGUACUGAUAUGUGAUCAGCAAGGGUAGUUAGUUCUAAUUGGUUCAAAUGCACAUGUUUUUGGACAAAAAAAGAACAAGCUUGUUGAAUUAAUGCGAUAAAAAAGGGCAUUGCAACGGAAGAUUGAUCAGAUCUUUAAGAGAAAGGUAAGAGUUGAAGAGGCUUAUUUUAUUUGCUCUGAUGGGGAGGUUCAGAACCUUAACCCUAUAAUGGCAGACCCGGAGCUGUCAACUGAUCACCACCUGGUGGUGUGUUAGCUCUGAUGGCGGGGGAAGAUUCUGGCCAGACCUGGCAGGCCCAAA